CUUCUCUCUUUAUAUAGGACUCUAGCACUCACUGAAUCACUCGCAAAAAGCUUAUUUAUAGGCAAAAACAAAAAGCCGGUAUGGCCGCUCUCACGUUCCGCACGUUCCUCUCUGGUUACGUCUUUCGAAUGUAAAAUGAGUAAGAUGAGAUGGUCGCUGGUUGGCCGUGUACCAGUAAGCGUGUUUGUAAUAGAGUGAAAAAGCGCGGUCAGGAUUGCUGAUGCAAUCCUUAUUCCUUGUGCAAGCAUAUCCUGUAUUCCUAUUUAAGUCUUUUUGUUUCCCAUAUAACUAUUGAAAGCAAGAUAAGAAAUACCUUGGUUACUAUGAUCAAAUCGUCCCCGCCACGUUGUUACACUGGGGACGGGUACCAUUAACGUUGAGAAGAAGAAGUAAAAUGAGAUUUAAUCUUCAACAAAAUUUCAAGUUUUGUCGAACGCAGCAUUUGUGGCUACAUACGUCGGUCAUUUCUCCAGGCGAUAGAUACAAAAUGGAUUAUUAAUAUAUCUCAGUUAAAUAUUGUAUAUCAGUUACUGUCCUCCCAUAAAUCAUGCCGGCAAAAGCACCAAAGAACAAUGCAAUCAAUGCAAGACUACUUCUGCCGGAACCAGAAUACAACACAGAUUUUUUAUGCAAUCCUGUAAACCGUGAUACUAUUUUCAACAAUAUUAGAAGAAGAAAAGGUAUUGGAGACAUUGACAAAGUCCUCGAGUAUUCUCAGGAUUCCAAUAAUCCUGAGAAGCAAGAGUUGCUUCUGCAGGAAUUACGUAAGAUACCAAACUGCACACACCCUGCAGUAACCGAAUAUGGUAAUGAACCGAGAUUGCUGAAGGAGUGCGGUAGGAAGCCGGAGUUUGACUUUGAGCCGCAGGAAUUUGCUGAGCUCGUCACCAAUUUGAAAGCGAUAAGAACAAACACGCUGGGUCCCAUUACUGGGCAAAAAAGUUACAUACUUUUAGGUGAUCUUGCAGAAUUAGAAGAAGCGUUGAUUCAUUAUUCGCUUAGAAGAUUGAUGAAGUAUGGAUUUAAACUAUUGUCAGUGCCCGACAUCAUUCCUACUAAGAUUAUCGAAAGGUGUGGUUUAAUAGUAGAUGAUGGUCGAACAUUAGUAUACAAUUUAGAUUCUUAUUAUGGAGACGACUAUAGUCUGUCCGGAACUGCGGAAAUGUCAUUAGCUAGUAAAUUGAUGAAUACUGUACUUUCCCAUGAUAUGUUGCCAUUGAAGUUAGCUGCUGUCAGUCGAUGCUAUCGCGCAGAAGGUUCAGGUGUUCUAGAGGAAAGAGGAAUCUACAGAGUUCACCAAUUCACUAAAGUGGAGAUGUUUAUUUGUUCCGAGCCAAAUCAAUCUGAGGAUGUAUUUCAAGAUCUUCAAAACAUACAGGAGAAACUUUUCUCUUCAUUAGGAUUACAUUUUCGAAUAAUGGAUAUGCCACCACUUGAUUUAGGUUCACCAGCUUAUAGGAAGUGCGAUAUGGAAGGCUGGAUGCCUGGAAGAAAGUUAUAUGGUGAAUUAUCCAGUUGUAGUAAUUGCACGGAUUAUCAGUCACGACGCCUCAAUAUUAAGUAUAGGAUGAAAAAUGGAAACGUGACUCAUGUACACACACUAAAUGGUACCGCGUGCGCGAUACCUCGCAUGUUGAUCGCAUUAUGCGAAACGUAUCAAACAAAACAUCAUCGCAUUGCCGUACCAAUUGAAUUGAUGUCUCUGAUGAAAGGCAAAACGCUCAUUAAGAAGCAACCAGUUGCAGAUAUGAGAAUUUACAAGUAUAAACAAAGAUUAAGUAUAAAACAAAAAACUGAAUAAGAUGUAAAUACGAAAAAGAAGUUCCUUGUAAGCACUAUAAUUUUGGAAUAAAGAGUUUGAUUUAUCGACAUUUAGCUCAUAUGUCGAUAAUACCAUUAAUUAUUAUUUAA